CUUUGGCCAUCCCGUCUCGUCCGCCCACUCCACCUUCGUCGUCUAUACCGUUCGCUCGGCGUCGCUUCAGCGGCCCCUCAAAAUGAUCCUUGCGCGCUCAAUUCGUCCUGUUUCCCGGGUUCGGCUUCUCGGUGGAGCUGCUGCUGUCGCCAUCCGCACCCCCGCUACCCAAGUCAGCGUAAACCCCUGCCUAGUCGGCGCGCUUCGGAGAUCGAUAUACGGCAAUUCGACUCAACGGGCGCAACAACUUGAGCAAUCUCCACAGCUCACGCUGCCACAAUUCUCACAGACGGACUCGCAGAUCAUAAUUCACUGGGGUGAUGGGCGGAGCUCGACCUUUGACAACCAGUUUUUGUACGACCACUGCCGCUGCCCGUCGUGCUUCCACCCCAAGACGAAGCAGCGUCUCAAAACUCUUGGGCCCGUCCAGCCGGACGUAAAGGUCAAUUCCAUUGAAGCCAAGGACGGAGCCAUCCAUAUCUCGUGGGGAACGUCCCCUGCUCACCAAUCCAUUUUCCCUCUCGCCUUUCUACAGCAGGCAUCGUAUGACCCGCCUAUGAUGAACCGCGACCGGCUUCUGGACCGCGUCCCUCUGAAUCUCUGGGGCGCCAACAUUGCAGAGCUUCCACCUACCGUCACGUACAACUCCGUCAUGCCCGAUAAGGCCGGGGCUGAUGCCGAGAAGGGCGUUCUCAAGUGGCUUGAGAAGGUGCACGACUUUGGCUUCUGCUUUGUGACCGGCGUCCCAACGUCUACCGCAGCUACAGAGGAGCUGAUUCGUCGCAUGUCGUUCAUCCGCGAGACUCACUAUGGCGGUUUCUGGGACUUCACGGCGGACAUGUCCAAGGGUGAUCUUGCUUAUAGCAAUGAAGGCCUGCCGGCUCACACGGACACGGCUUACUUCACGGAUCCCGCCGGCCUGCAGAUCUUCCACUGCCUGUCUCACCCGUGCCCUCCCGGCACCGGAGGGGAGACUCUUCUUGUGGACGCCUUCUACGUCGCUGAUCAAAUUGCGAAGCGUGACCCAGUGGCGUACGAAACCUUGUCGCGUCUGGCUGUUCCCUUCCACGCCUCAGGCAACGAGGGUACCAUGCUGCGGCCUCCUAUCAGCCAGCCAAUCCUGCGCCACGAUCACAUGGGCCGUUUGCAGCAGGCACGCUGGAACAACGAAGACCGCUGCGUCCUGGGUGAGGGAUGGACCCCCGAGGAUGUCCGCGAGUGGUACCGGGCAGCACGUGUCUUUGAGGAUAUUUGUACAAGCAAGGAGGCCGAGUAUUGGGUCAAGUUGACUCCUGGGACUGUAGUUGUCAUUGACAACUGGCGUGUCAUGCACGGCCGCGCAGCCUUCACGGGACAGCGUCGUAUGUGCGGCGCCUAUGUAGGCGCCGAUGACUGGCGCUCACGCCGUCGUGCACUUCUCCAGCAGUUUGGUGUUCAUGGCGCUGACCAAUGGAGCUCUGGAUGGUAA